GCCGCUUCCGGGUUGGACUGGACUGUCCCCAUGGGAACGUGGCUGGCUGUGACGAGAGUGAAGCCGGCCCGUCUUGAGGCGGAGAAGUCGGGGUCGAGGGUCUCUAGACUCAAGUACUACAUGACAUAGACCUUAACUGAGUUGCUCUAAGGACUAAUGCCUAAACUGUCUCAGCAUGGCCUGUCAAGAAGGAGGUGGCCACGGCCCCUCAGCUGCGCUCUACCACGUUAGCCCUGGAAAUACUCUGACAUGUAGGACUGGGAUCCAUAGUAUAUGCAUGGUGUCAGACUUUUUCUACCCGAAUAUGGGCGGCGUGGAAAGCCACAUUUACCAGCUCUCUCAGUGCCUGAUUGAAAGAGGACACAAAGUCAUAGUUGUCACCCAUGCUUAUGGAAAUCGAAAAGGCAUCCGUUACCUCACUAAAGGCCUCAAAGUCUAUUACUUGCCCCUAAAAGUUAUGUACAACCAAUCUACAGCCACGACCCUCUUUCACAGUCUGCCAUUGCUCAGGUACAUAUUCGUUCGGGAGAGAGUCACGAUAAUCCACUCCCAUAGUUCCUUUUCUGCCAUGGCCCAUGAUGCUCUCUUCCACGCCAAGACAAUGGGGCUCCGUACAGUCUUCACGGACCAUUCCCUUUUUGGAUUUGCUGAUGUCAGCUCGGUGCUUACAAACAAGCUUCUAACUGUAUCUCUUUGUGACACAAACCACAUAAUUUGUGUCUCUUAUACUAGUAAGGAAAACACUGUGCUAAGAGCAACACUGAAUCCUGAAAUAGUGUCCGUCAUUCCUAAUGCUGUAGAUCCUACUGACUUCACUCCAGACCCAUUUAGAAGGCAUGAUAGUAUAAUAACUAUUGUUAUUGUCAGCAGACUUGUUUACAGAAAAGGAACUGAUUUGCUUAGUGGUAUAAUACCUGAACUCUGUCAGAAAUACCAAGAUUUAAAUUUCAUCAUUGGAGGAGAAGGACCAAAGAGAAUAAUUUUGGAAGAGGUACGGGAAAGAUACCAGCUACAUGACAGAGUGCGUCUCUUGGGAGCCUUAGAACACAAGGAUGUUAGAAAUGUCUUAGUUCAAGGACAUAUUUUUCUUAACACUUCCCUCACUGAAGCAUUCUGCAUGGCAAUUGUGGAAGCAGCCAGUUGUGGUUUACAGGUUGUAAGUACCAGGGUUGGUGGAAUUCCUGAAGUUCUUCCAGAAAGUCUGAUUAUUUUAUGUGAGCCUUCUGUAAAAUCUCUGUGUGAGGGAUUGGAGAAAGCUAUUUUCCAACUGAAGUCCGGAGCAUUGCCGGCUCCAGAAAAAAUCCAUAACAUAGUAAAGACUUUCUACACCUGGAGGAAUGUUGCGGAGAGAACCGAAAAAGUGUACAACCGCGUGGCCGGAGAAAUCGUGCUCCCGAUGGACAAGCGGCUGGACAGACUCAUCUCUCACUGUGGCCCAGUAACCGGCUACAUUUUUGCUUUGUUGGUUGUCUUUAACUUUCUCUUUCUCACUCUCCUGAGAUGGAUGAUACCAGAUUCUGUCAUUGAUGUUGCCAUAGAUGCCACGGGGCCAAAGGGUGCCUGGACUCAUCAAUAUCCUAAUAGUAGAAAGCGGGGCAGGAAUAGUGAGAUGCCUAAAAGCAGGUAGAAGAAAGCCUGGAUGGGAGAAUUUGAAACACUUCCAAUAGUUCUGUCAACACUAUUGAAAAGAACGUUGCUUUUUUCCCUUUUUUAAAGUUAAUUUAGUAAGUUAUGCUACCUCUCUAUCAUUCAAUGUUUUUUUACUUUGAGGAAAGAUUUACUUAUGCAAUUCCUGAGUGUAGAAACUCCUUGCACUUAUUUAAAAUUUAGGGGAGAAGCUAUUUAAGCCACUCAGGUACAAAAUUUUUCAGACUACUGAAAUCCCUCUAGCAAAGCCGUUUUCAUGUAUUUUGGGAGCUUUGGGUGCUGAAGGGCCAAAUGUAUUCUGGGCAUUGUGGGGUUUUUUGGCCAAUUUUAAAUAUUCUACCAUUAAUUAGAUAUUCAUGAGAUGUUUACAAGUUUUCUUUACGGAAGUACAAUAACUCUGAACUAUUUUAAGUCAUGUCCAUGUACCUUUAUUAGGUGUUUAAGUUAUGUUCUUAAACACCUGUUGGGUACACUCAGUAAGUGUUACAUAGAAUCAGCAGAUUUCUUGAGUAUUACGGUCUGUCAUUUACCAGCAUGCUUUAAGCGCCUACUUUAUGUAGAACAUUGAACUCGGUACUUCCUGCCCUGAAGGACCAGAGUGCAUUUGCUGGUCAUCACUGAAAUGGCUCACUUCAUUCUAGUCACAGUUAAUGUGAAAUUGUAAAACAUCCAUCAUGCCAAAAAUGUGCAUGCUUUUAAUGCCAGGAAACAGUUGUUGACAUGCUCCGGGUCCUUCUCUGACUCCAUAGUGUGUGCUCUGCUAGGUAGAACCUUUUCAUUUGUGUUUAGGAAACUGCUUUUUGCUUUUUUCUUACUCGGGACCGAUAUCACUGUUGAUGAGAGUGCAGAGAGAAACCCUCCACAUCUGUUAGUGCAUAAUUUAGUUCUCUGUAAAUGCCUUCGUGUUUCCCACGCAGAAUGUAUGAGGGUGUGCCAUCUCAAACUCAGCUGCUACCUUGUACCUUUGGGAGACGUCACUUCCCUUCACUUGAGGCCUAGCUGAUGUCCGAUAAGUAUUGUCAGUGUACAAAAACGUCUUUAGCCUGAAACGUCUUCUUCAGUGAAUUGAGUCUGAAAAUUUUAGGACUAUAAGUUUCUUUGUGGGUGGGUGCGUUGUUAACUGUAAUUGUUGUUGCCUGGAGCCAUGGGUUUUUAAACCCCAAAUUACCUACAUGGUGUGUCUUAUUGAACGCCUUCGAAUAAGUUUUUGUUAUAAACGACUGACAUCAAAAGACUGAGGAACGUGUAGGUGCACUUACAUUCUAGCAGUAUUGUGACUCUGUACAGGACUUUUUUAAAUGACAAUAUUUACAAAACUUUUUACAAAGUAUCUUAACAUGCCUGUUAACCAGUUGCCACUGAUGUAAAGAAUUACACCUGUAUUUCGUACUAAAACACAGACGCAGCAAUGCAGUUUUUAAAAUCUAGAAGUUAGGAGUUCUUUAGUUAAAGAAAAAUGAAAUGACCUGAAUCACUAAAUCUUAUUGGGAUUUUUAUGCACAGAAGCUGACUUAUAUACACACGGAAUACACAGUGCCAAUAUUCAUGAUAAGGCGAGAAACUGACACUUGUUUUUAUUUGGCAAUUUUACAAGGCAUACUAUUUUUUCUUAUAUUUUUGUUUCUGGGCAGUUUUUUCAAAAUUAGUAUUCAAUUGUCAUUUAUUUUCAGUGGACAUACGAUUUAAAGUUCUUCUUGCAUGUAAAAUAUGUAAUUUUCAAAUGAAAACUAUUUUUUUUUAACAAAUGGCAGCAAAUUUUGCUUGUUCUAGUAAAUCUUCAUUUUCAAGCUUCCCAGAUACUUUACUUGUAACUAUCAGUGUUGCACUGGUCAGUAUAUGGAAACACAUUGUUCUAUCCUGAUACUUACCAUGUAUUUAAAAGUGAACUUGCAGUGAUGAGGAGUUUAUGAAAAAUGUAUUGUAUUUCUUUUGAUGUUACAAAAGUAGCACAUGUAAAACUGAUUUAUGAAAACUUGCUACGUGUCUUAUAAAA